GUUUUUUGAUCCCAGAAGCUUCCUUUGAGAUAAUUUCUUUCUCCACCGCCAUUUACCCUAAUAUAUUUCCUGUAAGGUAUUGGGGCUGCUAAUCGCUCUCGAGACAGUUGGCAGCUCUCCCCCGUGGAACUAAAUAAACACCUAAGUCUCCUAUUAAAGAAGCGUGUGUCCUGAGGCUCAAGGGAGGCAUACUUAAAGUCAGGACUGUUAGCAGGUAUGAUUAUUUAGGCCGGGGUUGUAUGGAGAGUCAUGCCACAUUCAUGCUUUAAUAUUUUUGUUUUCUUUCAGGGAACGAUGAGCACCCCCAACACGAGCGGCGCCCCCAGGUGGAAGGGAAUCAUGAAACACAGAAUGAUUCAGGGGAAUUUUAUCGCCAUUGUUCUUAUUUCUGCUUUUUUAUUAAUCUUUAUGUUUGUAAAACACAAAGACAUCGGACGUUUGCUAAAUAAUUUUCCCCAAUUACCAACCGCCCCUCCAUCUCCCCCUCCUGUCAGGGAAUCAGUCAACCUCACCGACGGAGUGUACACUUAUCACCUGGACUUGUCCCGAUUCCAGUCUGAGUUCCCCUAUCUGCAGAACUACGAGUGCUCACUCAACCUCACCCCGCGGGGGCAGCUUGAGGACAAGACCGGUCAACCUCUGCUCAUCCUGGCUAUUAAAUCCCACCCAUCCUCUGGUAACAGGAGGGGGGCGCUGAGACGGACGUGGGCCAGAGAGGGGGUAGUUGGAGGGUAUGGGGUCAGACCAAUCUUCCUUAUGGGGCAGGGAGGGACACCGGGGCACAUGGAACUGGUGAAGGUGGAGAGUCGAGAGUUUGGAGACAUCCUACAGUGGGACAUCAACGAAGGACAUCACAACCUGUCCCUAAAAGAGCGCUGCUUCCUGGAGUGGCUGCACCACUACGUCCCAUGGGCGGCAUUUAUCUUCAAAGGAGAUGAUGAUGAGUAUGUGAAUCCAGCAGCCGUGGUGCAGUACAUCACCGAACAUGGAUCCUCCCCUCUCACGUUGCACGGCAAUCUUUGGCGCUAUCCUUCUGUUAUGCGCUCCACCAAAUACCGCGUCUCCAAGACUCUCUACCCAUUCCACAGAUAUCCCUCCUUCCUCUCCGGUGGAGGCUUCCUCUUCCCUGGAGCCUCGGUUAAGAUCCUAUACGAAGCCUCCAAGACGAUCCCAGUUUUCCCGUUGGACGAUGUGUAUUUUGGGUUCUUAGCUCUGGCAGGAAACUUAACCUACCGGCACGAUGCCCGGUUCCACGUCCAUGGUUUGGGGUACGAUGCAUGCAAGUACCGGCAAGCUCUGGUGGUCCAUGGGAUUGGCCCAGAACGUCUGGUGACCGUGUGGAAUGGAGUCCAGGAAGCCCAGUGUAAGGCAUGAAAUGACCGCCCUAUUUUUCUCCUCUGGACCUUCUCCGAAUAUCCAGACCUGUGAGUGGAGAUUCCCGUACCGGGCGUCACAAAAACUGCUCCUUUUCUGUGGGACGACGAGCUGAACGAAAAUCUCUGUUAUCGGAAUAAAGCCCCGGUCUACGUGAUCAGAAGACCACGGGAGCCACGUCUGUUGCAGAUACAACUCGCGGGUGUAAACAGGGGUUUGAUUUCUCUUUGGGGUUUAUUCACUAAGGUGUCUUUGACAAAAGACUCUAUCCACUCUUGGACCAGUUCAUCUCUAUGCAUGCUCAGGAGCAAUGUUCCAUCUAAUUUUUCUUAGUUGGCGUGCGCAGAAAAUUUCUCUUGUGCAAAAAGUUUCACAGAGCAAAAAGUUUGUGCGCACAAUAUCCGCGCCGCAUAAAGUUUCAAAAAAAUUAUUAUUUUUUUCUUUUUUUGGGAAAAACUGUUGUGCGCACAAUUUUUGGACAUGUGCGCUCUCUAAAAAAGCUAUGUGCGCACGCACAAACACACAGCUUAGAGGGAACACUGCUCAGGGGGUUAACUACUAAGCUUGUGGGUCAGUUGCUGGCAGAUGUCAUUUGCUAAUUAUUCUUUAAAAAAAGUAAAUUUAAAUUAACAGUUAAAUCACAAA